GAAUUGACAAUGCGUUAAAAUUGAUCAGUGAUAUAAAUCGUCAAAACCGAACCAGUCAAACAACGAAGCAAAAGCAGUCAAAAAAAGCGAAACCCGGAAUGAUCAGUGUCCUCUCGAGCUGAUUUUGAUUGAACCGACCCCUGUAAUUUCACCAUUUGUGUAAUUCAUGUUCCGUUCUCAGUGACACGGUCUCUGGCAACAAGUGAUCACUUAUGUUGUAACCUUAAAAUAUUACUUAAUGCUUGUUUAAAACGAAUUAUCAGUUUGUGUAUAUAGACAGAGAACGUAGGAAUUUUGUAAAUGGUUCCAGUUAUACUGAGUGUUUGAAAAAUAAAACAAACCCUUCGAACUUUGAAUGUGCGUUGUAUGCGGUGUGAGUGAACUGUGCAUGGACCCCCAGCUAAAUAAACCCGUCAGUAGUUAAAUUUUCGCGUCCGAAAGUAAAUAAAACAAGCCAUGUUCUUGUACAUAGUUCCACUUUCGUAUAAUGCCAACAAAUAAUUGCAAAAAUGAUCAAAACAUAAACCGACUUCGCACGAAGAUGUCCGAACAUUUCCCAGAUGAAACCAAAGUGAAAUUAUCCAAAUUGGUAGAUUCUACAAAUUGCUUGGAAAAGAAAAAAUCAAACAGUGUCGAUAACAAGAACGAGAAUCUCUCCUGUGAUCAUAUGUACACUUGCAACACCGAAAAUCUCGAAAUCAACCUGACCGAUCCCAACUGCCAAAGCGCCGAAAGUGAGGUUAAGUUCUGGAAAGAGUGGCUAAUUCUUCAUCUCGACUUGAUCCAGCAGCAGAGCGAUGAAAUCCUCAACAAAGAGAGAACGAUUCUGAUUUUGCAACAAGAAAAUGAAAUGCUUAAAGAGCGCAUAACUUGCCUGGAACGCGGGGCCCCCUUCCAACCCAGGAAGUUCUUCAAUCACCCGAACUCGUUUCUCGACGACGGGCUAGAUAUGACCCAGGACUCGAGUCUUUGUGAUGAAGACAACAAAAACUGUAUAGACAUUCUUGAUUUGAACUGCGAAAACAGCGAUGGAUGCUCGUCUUUGAAGGAAAAACGGGGGCUAAAUGACGGCGAAUCUCAGACGGAGACUCCUACAGUAGAUCAUAAGUUUGAUUCUCAGGUUAAUUUUAAUCGAGUCGGUGAUAAAGUAAAAACUGAAAGUGAAGAGAGGAGCGAUAGGUUGGAUUUUGCGGGCGACAACGCAGGCGAUUUCGAUCCAAUGAAAAACUUGAGGAUGAGCAUCAGGAAGAAGAGGCUGAGCAACUCGUCAGCGGUGUCGAAUGAGUACGCUUUGGAGGAGAAACGGUCGUUUCGGAAAUUCAAAAAGCGGCGCAAACGUGUUUUAAAAGACUCCCAAAUUCUUAUGACCCCGGAUCACUACAUUAUGGAAGCCAAUAAAGCCAAUUUGCGGUUGUCCAAUGUACCAGACACUAGUCUGGAUAUUCCAAGUGAUAAAAAUUUGGAGGUGCCCCGGUGGAGGAUUAAAGUGUAUGCUAGUUGUUAUGCAAUGGAAGGGACGGAAAAUUUGGAUGAUGAGGUGUACAACAAGAGACACAGCAGGCUGGAGAAUGACGAAAGGAGGAGGAAGAGGUGGGAUGUUCAGAGAAUAAGAGAACAAAGAUUGAUAGAAAAGUUGAAGCAGAGGCAGGAGCGCCUGGGCUCAGGAUCAAGAUCAGAUGAACAAAAUGAACCAGUGCAUUCCCUUUGGCCUAGUCUAGACGACAUUAAAUACCUGGAAGUAAAUGAUCAUUUACCGGUGGCUGCUUUUGGAUCUCCUGUACCAAAAAUCAUACCAAGUGAAUUUAAUCUACCCUGGUUGAACAACCCAGUCGUUGUCACCAAAAAACUACCUGUCAAGAGGUCAACAAUGCGAAGAAAAACCGCAAAGAGAUAAGUAAUGUUGAAGAUUUUGCGAUAAAAUUUAGUCAUCAGGUGCCAUUCACUCUGUAAAUACAGAUUGGCACUAAAUUGGUAUGUUCAACAAAAGUGAUCUUUUAUUUUGUAUUUUUAUGUACAUAAUGACAAAUUCAGUGAAUUCAUGACAAUUUGUAAAGUAUUUAUCUAGCGUUAAGCAAUACUUGGGAUAGAUCAUAGACAAUAUUAAAUCGUAUUUUAGGAUACUUAGAUAAAAGCGAAUUAAGUUUGUUAAGUUACUACAUAUUCUUCGGUAAUGCAAUGUGAUAUCAAACUGUUAAGUUCUUCAAUGAUUAUGAUAUUAAUGUUUAUUUUCACUGUACAUUCUGGACGAGUGAACGUAUUAGUUGUACUUAUUUAUGUAUCAACUUCGUUAUUUUGAAAUAUAAACUUUUUUCGUAUAGGGAUUGUGCUUGGUCCAUAACCUCAAAAUUGAGAAAAUUUAAAUCGCACGGAAACACUAUCGAUAGUUAAAAAUUAAUACGCGGAAUGCGCUGUUCACUGAUUUUUGCGUAAGUUGUAAUUUAGAGCGGACUUUUUGGUGCAAACACCCACACAAACCUGUUAACCUAUAAAGUACAACAACAAAUAAAAAAAGUAGUGCCUCCAGUAAAA